AUGGAGAGACGUAAGGAAAGAAAUGGCAGUGUUCAGGUGGCAGGGCAAGAAUUGGGCAGUGGAGCAUGGGGCCUUCUGCUGAGGAGGGAGAUGGGUCUGUGGAGCGCUGUGUCCCUGGUUGCUGGCUGUAUGAUUGGCUCUGGCAUCUUCAUGUCUCCACAGGGGGUCUUGGUCUACACGGGCAGCCCUGGGGCCAGUCUUGUGAUCUGGGCACUCUGUGGUCUCCUGGCAAUGCUGGGUGCCCUGUGCUAUGCUGAACUAAGUGCCCUGGUUCCUGAAUCUGGGGGAGAGUAUGUCUACAUCUUGCGGACAUUUGGCUCCUUGCCAGCCUUCCUGGACGUCUAUAUAUUUGUGCUUGUGGGCAGACCAGCCUCCAUGGCUGCCAUCUCUCUCAGUUUUGCUGAGUAUGCACUGGCUCCCUUUUACCCUGGCUGCGCCUCAGUUCCCCAGGCUGUAGUCAAGAGUGUGGCUGCCUCUUGCAUUCUGCUGCUGAUGCUGGUCAACUUCUGGAGCUCCCGGCUGGCCACCAUGCUGACGAAUGUAUGCACAGCUGCCAAAGUGUUCUCAUUGCUGGUCAUUGUGGUGGGUGGGGUUGUGGUGCUAGUCCAGGGCCAUGCCCGUACAGAAUUCCUUCUGUUUGCCUUCCACAACACAACACAGCAGGCAGGGCGCAUUGGCAUGGCUUUCUACCAGGGACUGUGGUCCUUUGAAGGCUGGAAUAGCAUCAACUAUAUGUUGGAGGAACUUAAGAAUCCACAGCAGAACCUGGUGUGUGCAUUGAUGAUCGCCAUCCCUCUGGUCACUAGUCUGUAUGUCCUGGUCAACAUCAGUUACCUGCUAGUGCUGUCAUCCAGUGAGAUCCUCUCCUCUGACGCUGUGGCUGUGAGCUGGGGGAACCAAGUUCUGGGGUCCUGGGCCUGGAUGGUGCCUUUGGCUGUUGCACUCUCAACAUUUGGUUCUGUCAAUGGGAUAUUCUUCAGUGGCAGCCGUGUGUGCUAUGUGGCUGCAAGAGAAGGCCACAUGCCUGGAUUUCUAUCCAUGGUUCAUGUGCGUCGCCUCACACCAGCUCCAGCCCUGAUGUUCACCAUGGCCGUGGCUUUGGUCUUGGUCAUCCCAGGAAACUUCAGCAUCAUUGUGAACUUAAUGAGCAUCCUAUCCUGGAUCACCUAUGGAACCACUUUCAGUUGUCUCCUAUACAUGCGGAUUAAGAUGAAGAACCUUCCCCGAACUUACAAGGUUCCCACUUUCAUCCCUGUCAUCAUGCUCCUGGCUUCUCUCGGCCUGGUCCUGGUGCCCAUCAUCGACAAUCCCCAGAUGGAGUUCCUAUAUGUCUUCCUGUUCCUGCUCAGUGGCUUCCUGGUGUAUUUCCUGUUUAUCUACUUCCAGUGCCAGCCCAGGUGUUUGCAGAUGGCCACCUUACAUUUGCAGCUGCUUCUGGAAGUUGCUCCAACUACUAAAAAUCAUUGACUGAGGAAUUGGACAGGUUCUGCAUGCCCUGUUUGCUGCAGACCUCAUACAGGUGGCCAUUUUAGGUUCUCUGUAAGUUGACCAUGCAGAAUUCUGGUAAGCUCUUAAGUGCUAUAACACAGUUGCUGUUGAGUUUUGGGUUAUUCAUCAGGCAGCGCCCUCCUUCUCUAAGAUCUGCUCCUUCAACACAGCCAC